AUGUCGAAGAUUUCCUUUAAGAUCAUGCUGAGGUCGAACCCGAGGCUGCCCUAUAAAGUACUCAGUAUUCCUGAAAGUACAGCUUUCACAGCAGUCUUAAAGUUUGCAGCUGAAGAAGUUUAGUUUCCUGGAACAAGUGCAAUUAUUACCAAUGAUGAAAUAGGGAUAAAUCCUGCACAGACUGCUGGAAAUGUUUUUCUAAGGCCUGGUUCAGAACUGCGAAUUAUCCCUAGAGAAUGUUUUGGAAAUUGCUAA